GAAAGUGCCCAUCUCUUUUCACUAAUUCCAAGAGAAAAGAGUACUCCAUUUGUAGUAGUGAAGAUUGAAGAAAGGCUUGUGUUUUCCUCUACAUAUGGCUUAUAAAUAUUGUGCUGCCCAAUACAAAACGCUGACAUCUUUCCAGCUAUGAAAUAGGACCAACCACAUAGACAUUAGCAUACACAUUCAUUCAUUUCCCUCUUCCAAUUUAUACCCCCUUCUCUUUUUCCCAUUUCUUUCUCCACUACUACUAUUAUCAUCGUCACUUUUGGUUGAGUAACGACGGCGCGUGGUUCAAAAAUGAAUCUAAAUAUCAUCGAUAGCAUCUAUUACUGGCUUGUAAACCACCCCAAAAUCGUCAAUUUCUCAUGGUCUCAAGGCGAAACCUUAGGCUCUUCCCCACUUUUCCUCACUCUCACAGUUCUCUCUUACCUCUCCCUUACCUUCCUCCUCUCCAACCUCUCUCUCCCUCUCCUCCCUCCCACCAUUCUCAAACGAAUCUCCGCCGUUCAUAACCUUAUCCUCCUCGCUCUCUCCUUCACAAUGGCCCUUGGAUGCACUCUCUCCACUUUCUCCCACGCGCCUCACCUCCACUACAUUCUUUGCCUUCCACCCAAAACUCCUCCACGUGGGCCCCUUUUCUUUUGGGCUUACAUAUUCUACCUCUCGAAGAUCGUGGAGUUCAUCGACACGUUCUUGAUCAUCUUAAGCGGGUCGAUCAAACGACUGACGUUCCUCCAUGUGUACCACCACGCAACGGUGGUGAUUAUGUGUUACUUAUGGCUUCAUUCCUCACAGUCGUUGUUCCCGUUGGUUUUAGUAACGAACUCCUCGGUUCAUGUGCUCAUGUACACGUAUUACUUGUCGUGUGCACUUGGGGUUCGGCCACGGUGGAAGAGGAUUGUGACGGAGUGUCAAAUUGUGCAGUUUCAAUUUAGCUUUGUGGUGUUGGCUUUGAUGCUAUACUUUCACGUCACACAUAAGGGGCCGGGAUGUGCUGGUGUUUGGGGAUGGUGCUUUAAUGUCGUAUUUUACUCCUCACUUCUGGCCUUGUUCUCGGAUUUUCAUGCUAAAAACUACGGCACAAAUGGAAAGAUGACGGUCCCCAAAAAGGUGGCGUGAAAACAAAAGAAACACAUGGAUUAAAAGUCUCUCUUACGUUCUUCUUUCGGGAUUUGUGAGUUUUAAAUUAUUCUUCAGAAAAUAUAUUUAAAUCAGUUGUUCAUGAUGAUGAUCUGAUUAUUCAAGAUAUUUGGUAAGUGAUAAUUAAUUAAUAUGUUGAACUAAUAUUGCAUGCUGGUCAAGGGUGAUAUUUCAAUCAUUUAUUCUUUUCUUUUUUC